AUGCACCUGGAAUGUCCGAAUGCCUCUAUCCAUCUGGCGGAUGCCCUCGAGAAAUUAAAGGCGGUAAUCCGCCAUCCAGGAAAUCAGAUGGACAGGCAAGGUUGCUCCAAGCGAGCAAACUGCGAUAUUUACUACAGCUGCCAUGCGGAGAGGCGCGAAUUUGGAUGCGGAUUUGUAGUAAGCCGGAGACUUCGCCACCACGUCUCCAAUUUCACCCCAGUGAGUGAACGGCUGGCUACAAACCGCGUCAAAGCUAGAUUUUUCAAUCUUAGCAUAAUUUGCGCGCACGCCCCGACGGAGGAGAAGGACGAUGCUGCUAAGGAUGCAUUCUACGCGAGACUCGAGGACACAUACGACCGCUGCCCAAACCACGACGUGAAGAUCAUCCUCGGGGACUUCAACGCAAAGGUUGGGCGCGAACGCAUCUUUGACCGCACCGUCGGUCAAUUCAGCCUCCACGAGACCACCUCGAACAACGGUUUCAGGCUGAUUGACUUCGCCGCGGCGCGAAACAUGGUAGUGAGUAGCACCAGAUUUCGGCACCUCGACAUCCACAAGGCCACGUGGCUGUCCCCUGAUCAAAAAACGCGCAACCAGAUGGAUCAUGUUGUGAUAGACGGAAGGCAUGCCUCAAGCGUGAUGGACGUGCGUACGUUUCGUGGAGUCAACAUAGACUCGGACCACUAUCUUGUCGCAGCCAAGAUACGCAUGCGGCUAUGCCGAGCGAAAAACGUACGCCCCAUCACGCAACGAAAGCUCGACGUCACUAGGCUGCGAUCACAACGUACAACAACAGCCUACUCCACUCACCUCUCGGAACUGCUCCACCAACCAACCCCUCUUCCUGUUGACGCCGGCGGACUCUGGGCGCACAUAUCCCACUCCAUGCGAGCUGCCGCUGAAACAGCCAUUGGGUUCAAGCGCCCACCCACACGGAACCAAUGGUAUGACGAGGAGUGUCGCGUCGCAGCUGCGGCAAAAAACGCCGCCUACAGAAGAACGCUGCAGUCUGGCGCAAGGAAGGAAGAGAGGCGGAUUUUUAGACGGAAAAAACGGGAGAAAGAAAAGCGAGAGUGCGAGGAACUCGAGGUGUUGCAGGACAGAAAUGAUGCUCGAAAAUUUUACCAACAAGUCAACCGUCUGACACAUGGUUUCAAGACCGGAGCAUCUAACUGUCGAGAUGAAAACGGGAAUCUGGUUACAGAUACGCAGUGCACGCUGAGGUUAUGGAGGGCGCAUUUCUCCAAGCUGCUAGCAGGCGAUGACGGCACCAAUCCCGCCGUUGGAGGAAGCAGCCCGAUACCACCAAUCGACGACAAUGUGGAUAUACCACUACCUAGCCAUGACGGGGUCCGAGUUGCUAUUAUGCGACUCAAAAACAACAAAGCAGCCGGUGCUGAUGGACUGCCUGCAGAAGAGCCGGCGGCGAAGAGCUGA